GUGAAGCUGCGCUGGCUGGAAAAGAGUCUUUCCCAAUUGUGCGCUAUUUCCCGAAUAAUGCACAAUCAAUAGUGUCGCUCGGAAAAUAAGAAUAAGGUAGAACACACGCAGCCCGAACGAGGAUGGCCCAACUACUUCGUGGACGGUCGAGCAUUGAUCCUCGGUUCAAACACAUACGGCCGGUGGUGUACGCGGUGGGUCGGGUCAAUUUUUCCGGCUUCACAACUGGCUCGAAUGGAGGCCACAGCGCUGGAAGCGGCCACUCGAAUGGACGGUACAACUUCCACCGGCAGCAGGAUUUUCUGCGUCCACCGAACACCGGUGGAUGGCAGUAUUCGCAUCACCAGUACCGUAGCUACGGGAUGCUGAUCGGGCGAGUGCUUCGGGGCGUACUAAAGCUCCGCUAUCUGGUCCUGGGUGGGGCCAUCGGUGGUGGCGUAACGCUCAACAAACGGUACGAAGAGUGGAAGGAUGGUCUGCCCGAUAUGAAGUGGCUGGAGGAGGUGCUGCCGGAUAACGAAAAAUGGGCCGGCUUCACCAAGAACUUGCUCGCGGUCAAGGAUGCGGUAAAGGAUUCGAUCGAAAUCGAUCCGCGACUGAAGCAACUGAGCGAAAAUAAGAUGAACGAAUGGCGGCAAUGGUUCGACCAACGGUUGGACAAUGCCAUCGAAGCUGCCGAAACGCAACAAAACCCUCAAAUCGAAAGUUCCUUCCAGAAUUUAUCGGAAUUCAUUUCCGACUUAUAUGGAGCCACCAAAGAAGAGUUACGGGCGAAGAACACGGUGAACGCAAAGGGUCUCGGUGUGGAGGAAAGCCGCAAGCGGGUCGACACGCUACAGGCCCAGGUGGACUCGCUGCAGACGGAGAUCAUGAACGUGCAGCUCAAGUACCAGCGUGAGGUGGAAAAGCUGGAGAAAGAAAAUCGGGAUCUGCGGCAGCAGUAUUUGAUACUUAAAACGAACCGGAAGCAGCCGACGAAGAAGCGCAUCAAAAAGUCGCUGAUCGACAUGUACUCCGAGGUGCUGGACGAGCUGUCCGGGUACGACACGAGCUACACCACGGCCGACCACUUGCCGCGGGUCGUCGUCGUGGGCGAUCAGAGCAGCGGCAAGACGUCGGUGCUGGAAUCGAUCGCCCAGGCACGCAUCUUUCCGCGCGGCAGCGGCGAGAUGAUGACACGGGCACCGGUCAAGGUGACGCUCUCGGAGGGCCCGUACCAUGUGGCCCAGUUCCGUGAUUCCGACCGCGAGUACGACCUGACGAAGGACAGCGAUUUGGCGGAGUUGCGGCGGGACGUUGAGAUCCGAAUGCGGAACUCGGUGCGCGGUGGCAAAACCGUGAGCAUGGACGUAAUCUCGAUGACGGUGAAGGGGCCCGGCCUGCAGCGGAUGGUGUUGGUCGAUCUGCCGGGCAUCAUCUCGACACAAACGGUCGACAUGGCACCGGAUACGCGCGAUCAAAUCAAGCACAUGACCGAGCACUACAUGAGCAACCCGAACGCGAUCAUCCUGUGCAUCCAGGAUGGCUCGGUGGACGCCGAACGGAGCAACGUCACGGACCUGGUGUCGCAGUGCGAUCCGCUCGGCAAGCGGACGAUCUUCGUGCUGACCAAGGUGGACCUGGCCGAGGAUCUGGCCGAUCCGAACCGCAUCCGAAAGAUCCUCUCCGGCAAACUGUUCCCCAUGAAGGCGCUCGGAUACUUUGCCGUCGUGACGGGGCGCGGUCGAAAGGAUGACAGCAUUGACACGAUUCGCGAGUACGAGGAAAAGUUUUUCAAAAACUCCAAACUGUUCCAAAGUGGCGUCACAAUGUCGCACCAGGUCACGACGAGAAACCUUAGCCUGGCCGUCGCCGAUCGCUUCUGGAAGAUGGUCCGCGAGACGAUCGAACAGCAAGCGGACGCGUUCAAGGCGACGCGCUUCAACCUGGAAACGGAGUGGAAAAACAACUUCCCACGGUUGCGCGAAUCGGGCCGGGACGAGCUGUUCGAAAAAGCCAAAGGGGAAGUUCUGGACGAAGUCGUGAAUCUGUCGCAGGUGUCGGCCAAAAAAUGGGAAGAACUGAUGAACAGCAAACUGUGGGAAAAGCUUUCGAGCUACGUGUUCGAAAACGUUUACCUUCCGGCGGCCCAGUCCGGGUCACAGAAUUCGUUCAACACGAUGGUGGACAUCAAACUGCGCCAGUGGGCCGAACAGGCGCUGCCGGCCAAAUCGGUAGAGGCCGGCUGGGAGGCACUGCAGAAGGAGUUCCAGCACCUGAUGGCGGUGGCACGCAAAACGCCCGACCACGACGAUCUGUACGACAAUCUGAAGAGUGCCGUCAUCGACGAAGCCAUCCGGCGGCACACGUGGGAGGACAAGGCGAUCGAUAUGCUGCGCGUGAUACAGCUCAACACGCUCGAGGAUCGCAGCGUGCACGACAAGCAGGAGUGGGACCAAGCGGUUCGGUUCUUCGAAACCUCGGUCAAGGAGAAGCUCCAAACGACGGAAACGACGAUUGGCGAAAUGUUUGGGCCGAGCACGAGCCAGAAGUGGCUCCAGUGGCGCUACUCGACCGAUGAGCAAACGAAACGGCGCCAGGUGAAGGGUGAGCUGGACAAAAUACUCGACAGCGACGCAAAGCACUCGCCAACACUCAGCUACGACGAGCUGACCACGGUGCGGAAGAAUCUACAGCGUGGCAACGUCGAGGUCGAGACGGAUUACAUUCGCGAAACGUGGUACCCGAUCUACCGGCGGCAUUUCCUGAAGCAGGCGCUCAACCGCGCAUACGACUGCCGGAAGGCGUACUAUCUGUACUCGCAGCAAGGCAGCAGCUGCGAGAUCAACUGUAGCGACGUGGUCCUCUUUUGGCGCAUCCAGCAGGUGAUCAAGGUGACGGCGAACGCGUUGCGGCAACAGGUCAUCAACCGGGAGGCCCGACGCUUGGACAAGGAAAUCAAAGAGGUGCUGGACGAGUACGGCGAGGACGAUGACAAGAAACAGCAGCUGCUGACCGGCAAACGGGUGCAGCUGGCCGAAGAACUGAUUCGCGUCCGGCAAAUUCAGGAAAAAUUGGAGGAGUUCAUCAAUGCGCUUAAUUUGGAAAAAUAAGCACAGCAGCAUUGGCCAGA